CAGCGUCGGAAAUUGGAGCUGAUAUAUCCAUUCCCCUGCUUCUUGACAGCUAGCUAGCUAGCUGCGUCCAUGGAGAGCAAUGCCUGCGCUGCUGCUCUGCUCGCCGAGCUCAGCCAAGCCAAGGAGCUGCUCAAGGAGCUGGAGUUAAAUCUGCAUUGCCUUGACCUCUGCAAGGCUCUAACUCCCAGGAUCGCUUCCUCCAUCCACAACUCAUUUCUCAUGGCAGAAUCCUUCGAAGCCAACAACGGCCACGAUAGGCCUCCGUCCUCCUCGCUAGCCCUGCGACCUCGCACCUUGAGUACUCCCAAGAGAAGGUACGUUCGUACUUCGCAUGCAGGCAGUACUGUCCGCAUGGUCAUGAAAUUGCGUAUAAUUUGCAGGAAAUCUCUGUACUCGUGGAGGUGCCAAGUGAGGGUGAGCUCGGUGGCCAGGGGAGUGGAAGGUCCGGGGGAGGACGACGGCUUCACAUGGAGGAAGUACGGCCAGAAAGAGAUCCUCGGAGCCAAAUAUCCAAGGGCCUAUUUCCGGUGCACUCAUCGGACCUCGCACGGAUGCCCCGCCAAGAAGCAGGUGCAGCGAUCGGACGACGACCCGUCUGUCUACGACGUCACCUACCACGCGAACCACACUUGCCUCGAGCAGCCAAGGGAGGAGGAGAAGGGCGGCGCUGGCGGUGCAAUUCAACACGACCUGGGACAGAGUGCGGCGGCGCUGAAACUCGAAGGAGGGGAGGAGUUCGUGGGACAGAUUGCGCCUUCCUUUGGGCCCAUGGAGGAGCAGUUUGUCCCUGUUUCGCCGUACCAAUUUUGGGGCUUUCACGGAGCAGAGAACAGUUCGCUUCCAAUAGAGUUUGACGGAGACGGGGAGGUCGGUCCUGUCAACAUCUGGGCAGGAGUGGAAUGGAUGCAAUGAUUACACUUCAGGAAUGGAUUUUAUGGAUGUUUUUUGUUCUUCGGCUUUUUAUUGGACCAAGUCGAUAAAUUUUUAAAAUUAUUAAA